AUGAGAUACCUUCCCGUUUGCCUGUUCCUGGUUACGGGACUCACUGCCGUCAACGGGCAGUACUUCUGCAACGGCGGAACAGACGCGGACCCUACGAUCCGCUGUGCCCAGUGCGACGGAAUCGGCAACACCGCCAGCGCGCCGAAUCGCAAGCAAGGUUUCCCAACGUACCGCGAGUGCGGGACAACAGGCGGACGCUGCACGGUGAAGAACAGAGCUGGCAACGACUUGUACGGGUUUGCUGCAUGUUGUUAA